UGAUUUUUCUCGACCAUCUUUUUUUCAGACCCUCUCGUUGCUUUUAAAUACAAUGGUUGACGUUUUUGGGAGGAGUUCACAGACAUCAACUGCUGUUGAAGCAUCAGAAAUUGCAGAUCUCAUUGACUUUCUCCAUCAUGUUGUCCAUUAUGAAGGGCAGGGAGGUCCUGUCCAGCCUAACAGCAAGCCUAAAUCAGAGGUUCUUGCCCUUUGUGGGAAGGCAGCAGAAAGUCUACGUCUAGAUUUACAGCAUCUUCUUUCCCACUUGAAACCUGACACGAAUUCUUCCAUAUAUGCUGGCACUCAUCCAAAGCUGGUCCAGGAUCCCCCAUGACCUUUGGGUUUAAGCAUUCUUCAUGAGCCGAUCAUGAGAUGGCUAUACCCUCUUAAUUGAACUAGCUCUAUAUCCUCUGGGGUCUUCAUACAGCAGAUUUUGAUGCACUUUGCUGCUUUGGAAUAAGAGAGAUAAAAGGAGUGAAUGAAGGUGCUUGACAGCUUCCAAACCCGAUAGCGAUGGAGAAGACAUCCCAGUUUGAAGGGCACUGCCCUGCGCCGAUUUCCUUUUGGUCCGGGAAAGCCUCCACCUGUAUCCAUGCCAAUAAAAGAAGCAUGAUCCCUUAUUGGCCAUAGAGGAGAUACUGUACAUUAUUGUAAACUAUUGACAGAGUUGUUAACUUGUGAAUAUCUGAAUUUUGUAAAGCUAUGAAAUUUUAAAAACUACCUCAGCCCAACAAAUUGUUUAGCUUACGAAAGUGGUAAAGCUGUGAAAUUUUAAUCAUUGCACGGGAAAGGAGCGUCAACAUGUAUCUGAGUUUGGUAAGGUUUGAGGCUGUCUCAAUGUGACUCCAAAACUUUGUUGUCUAUCAAUUAACCCCCCC